AUGCCCAACAUGGCCUACUUCGAGUUCCUCCCCGUCGACGACGCCACCACAGGCGAGGUCGUGGCACCUGAAGGUGACGCGGCCCGGCUGGUGGACCUCGCCCGCGUGGAGGCUGGGCGGGAGUACGAGCUCGUGAUCACCACCUACGCCGGGCUCAACCGGUACCGCGUCGGCGACGUGCUCCGCGUGGCCGGUUACCACAACGCCGCUCCACGGUUCACGUUCGUGCGCCGCAAGAACGUGCUGCUCUCCGUCGAAUCCGACAAGACCGACGAGGUCGAGCUGCAGCGCGCCGUGGAGCGGGCAUCGGAGCUGCUCCGGCGGCAUGGCGCGUCCGUGGCGGAAUACACCAGCCACGCAUGCACCAAGCGCAUCCCAGGGCACUACGUCAUCUACUGGGAGCUGCUGACCACCGGCGGCGAGGCCGUGGGCAAGGAGACCCUUGACACGUGCUGCCUGCAGAUGGAGGAGGCCCUGAACGCGGUCUACAGGCAGAGCCGGGUGGCCGAUGGGUCGGUCGGGCCGCUCGAGAUCCGGGUCGUCCGGCCCGGCACCUUCGAGGAGCUCAUGGACGACGCCAUCUCUCGCGGCGCGUCCAUCAACCAGUACAAGGUGCCACGCUGCGUCGCGCUCCUGCCCGUCAUUGAGCUGCUCGACUCGUGCGUCGUGUCCGCCCACUUUAGCCCUAGCUUGCCACACUGGACCCCAGCGCGGCGCCAUGACUAG